GCCCACAGCCAAUAUGUCUGCCGAGAGCGACGUUUUGUGAAGGAAAAACAAAACUCGUGGAAGAUGGCAGACGGAGGAGUUGACGAGCUUUCGCAGCUCGAAUAUUUGUCUUUGGUGUCGAAAGUCUGCACGGAGCUCGACAACCAUUUGGGAAUUAAUGACAAAGACUUGGCUGAGUUUGUCAUCAGUCUCGCUGAAAAACAACCGAGCUUCGACGGRUUCAAAGUACUUUUACUCGAAAAUGGAGCCGAAUUCACAGAUUCUCUCAUCAGUAACUUGCUCAGACUCAUUCAGACCAUGCGACCAGCUUCCAAAGCAUCAACCAGUAAAGCCUCUGAGGUUUUCAAACCAAAGUCUGAAAAAGAAAAGUUAAAAGAGAUGUUUCCUGCACUCUGUAGAGCAAACGAUCCAUCACCAAAGCGACUGCUGGAUGAAGAUGAUGUGAAAGUAGCAGCUGAUGCGAUGAAAGAGCUUGAGAUGUUUAUGCCCAGUGCAAGUGGGACUGACGCUAAAGUGAGCAAGAACAAAUCAGAAAAAAGCCGACGUCGCAGCCGGAGUCGCAGCAGAGAAAGGGACAGACACAGGGACAGGGACAGGAAGAGACGGCACCGCUCUCGAUCGCGUUCCAGGUCCAGGUCUCGCUCCAGAGACCGCGACCGCCACAGAGACAGGGAUCGUGGGAAACGAAGAGACAAAUCUUCCCGAUGGGGCGAUCUUUCACCCAGCCCCCGGAAAGACCAAGACAAGGACAGUGACAGGUGGAAGGACAAACACGUGGACCGGCCUCCUCCAGAGGAGCCCUCUGUUGGUGACAUCUACAACGGCAAAGUCACCAGCAUCAUGCAGUUUGGAUGCUUUGUUCAGCUGGAGGGGCUAAGAAAACGGUGGGAGGGUUUGGUCCACAUUUCUGAGCUGCGCAGGGAGGGCCGCGUGGCUAACGUGGCCGACGUUGUCAGCAAAGGCCAGAGAGUCAAAGUCAAGGUGCUGUCRUUCACCGGCUCAAAGACCAGCCUCAGUAUGAAGGAUGUGGACCAAGAGACAGGAGAGGAUCUGAACCCCAACAGGAGGAGGAACAUGGGUCCUGAGGGCGGAGACGACGUCGCCAUGAGGAACCCUGACAGACCGAGCAACCUGAACCUGGGCCACGCCCCCGAGCUCGAGCAGGACGACACCCUGGAGCGCAAGAGGCUCACAAAAAUCUCUGACCCGGAGAAGUGGGAGCUCAAACAGAUGAUUGCUGCCAACGUGUUGUCCAAAGAAGAGUUUCCAGAUUUUGAUGAUGAGACUGGAAUCCUUCCUAAAGUUGAUGAUGAAGAAGAUGAAGAUUURGAAAUAGAGCUUGUUGAAGAGGAGCCCCCGUUUCUGAGAGGACACACCAAACAAAGCAUGGACAUGAGUCCCGUCAAGAUUGUAAAAAAUCCAGAUGGCUCCCUGUCUCAGGCGGCGAUGAUGCAGAGCGCUCUGGCUAAGGAGAGGCGGGAACUGAAACAGGCGGCUCGAGAGGCAGAGAUGGACUCCAUCCCCAUGGGACUGAACAAACACUGGGUGGACCCGCUGCCAGACGUUGAUGGUCGGCAGAUCGCUGCUAACAUGAGAGGAAUCGGCAUGAUGCCCAACGACAUCCCAGAGUGGAAGAAACACGCUUUUGGAGGGAACAAAGCCUCAUACGGAAAGAAGACCCAGCUCUCCAUCUUGGAGCAGAGGGAGAGCCUGCCCAUCUACAAGCUGAAGGAGCAACUCAUUCAGGCCGUUCACGACAACCAGAUUUUGAUCGUCAUCGGAGAGACGGGCUCUGGUAAGACCACGCAGAUCACUCAGUACCUGGCAGAGGCGGGUUACACCACCAGAGGGAAGAUUGGCUGUACGCAGCCCCGCCGUGUCGCCGCCAUGUCGGUGGCCAAGAGAGUGUCUGAGGAGUACGGCUGCUGUCUGGGACAAGAGGUGGGUUACACCAUCCGGUUUGAGGACUGCACGAGUCCUGAGACGGUCAUCAAGUACAUGACAGAYGGUAUGCUGCUGAGGGAGUGUUUGAUCGACUCAGAACUGGGCCAGUAUGCCAUCAUCAUGUUGGACGAGGCCCAYGAGAGGACCAUCCAUACUGACGUUCUGUUUGGUCUCCUCAAGAAGACCGUCCAGAAACGCACAGAUAUGAAGCUGAUCGUCACCUCUGCUACGCUGGAUGCCGUGAAGUUCUCUCAAUAUUUCUACGAAGCUCCCAUCUUCACCAUCCCGGGCAGAACGUACCCGGUGGAGGUSCUUUACACCAAAGAGCCUGAGACGGACUAUCUGGACGCCAGCCUCAUCACGGUCAUGCAGAUUCAUCUGACUGAGCCUCCAGGUGACAUCCUGGUCUUCUUAACGGGUCAGGAAGAGAUCGACACGGCCUGCGAGAUCCUGUACGAGAGAAUGAAGUCUCUUGGACCCGACGUACCUGAACUCAUCAUCCUGCCGGUUUAUUCCGCUYUGCCCAGUGAAAUGCAGACCAGGAUUUUUGACCCUGCGCCCCCAGGCAGCAGAAAGGUUGUUAUUGCUACAAACAUCGCAGAGACCUCGCUGACCAUCGAUGGGAUUUAUUAUGUGGUGGAUCCUGGCUUCGUCAAGCAGAAAGUGUACAACUCAAAGACCGGCAUCGACCAGUUGGUGGUGACGCCCAUCUCACAGGCUCAGGCCAAGCAGAGGGCGGGUCGUGCCGGCAGAACCGGUCCUGGGAAGUGUUACAGACUUUACACUGAAAGAGCCUACAGGGAUGAGAUGCUGACCACCAACGUGCCUGAGAUCCAGAGGACUAACUUAGCCAGCACGGUGCUGUCUCUGAAGGCCAUGGGCAUCAAUGACCUCCUGUCCUUCGACUUCAUGGACGCUCCUCCCAUGGAGACGCUGAUCACAGCCAUGGAGCAGCUGUACACACUGGGAGCUCUGGACGAUGAGGGCUUACUCACACGGCUCGGGAGAAGGGUGAGUUCUUUCCCUCUGGAGCCCAUGCUGUGUAAGAUGUUGAUCAUGUCCGUCCAUUUGGGCUGCAGUGAAGAGAUGCUGACGAUUGUGUCGAUGUUGUCUGUUCAGAAUGUUUUCUACAGGCCGAAGGACAAGCAGGCCCUGGCCGACCAGAAGAAGGCCAAGUUCCACCAGCCCGAGGGCGACCACCUCACCCUGCUGGCCGUCUACAACUCGUGGAAGAACAACAAGUUCUCCAACCCCUGGUGUUACGAGAACUUCAUCCAGGCUCGCUCCCUGCGCCGAGCUCAGGAUAUCCGUAAACAGAUGCUGGGCAUCAUGGACCGACAUAAACUGGAUGUGGUAUCUUGUGGCAAGGCGACAGUGCGAGUCCAAAAGGCCAUCUGCAGUGGGUUCUUCAGAAACGCAGCCAAGAAGGACCCUCAGGAGGGCUACAGAACCCUCAUCGAUCAGCAAGUGGUUUACAUCCACCCAUCCAGUGCUCUGUUCAACCGGCAGCCUGAAUGGGUCGUGUACCACGAGUUGGUGCUGACCACCAAGGAGUACAUGCGGGAGGUGACCACCAUCGACCCCCGCUGGCUCGUGGAGUUCGCGCCCGCCUUCUUCAAAGUGUCGGACCCCACCCGCCUCAGCAAGCAGAAGAAGCAGCAACGCCUGGAGCCUCUGUACAACCGCUACGAGGAGCCCAACGCCUGGAGAAUCUCCCGCGCCUUCAGACGCCGCUGAAAUCUACAGCGCAGCUGUUUGGACCGUGGUGAUGUCAUCAUGAGGGCGGUGCUUCUCUUCAUGUUUGUCUUUUAAUUUGUAAACUUUGUACAUUUCCUUCGGUCAGAUUUCUGUGGCUUCAGGCAGAUAUUUUAGCAGAAGCUAAAUCUGCUCCUUUCACUUAAAGCAGUUUUCUGGAUGUUUAUCAGAUAAUUCUGUAAACUGAUGGAAUAUUUAUUUCUUUACUUAAAAUUGGAGACAGUGUGUCUAAAAAUGGARCUUUAGUUUGGCUUUUUUUAUUCUAUUAACUGUUUGUCAGAUUAAAAUGAUGCAAGACGGUGAAUAUUUUGUAGAAAACUCAAUCAUUGUGUAUCAGACCUAAAAUGAAAAGGUUUCUUCAUUAAAUGCAGAAAUUUCUUAA